UUUAUUCAAAAUCUCUAAAGUCAAGAAAAUUUCUAGUAUUUAGGUUUCUUAUCGUUCAUAAAAUUUCUCUUCUAGUAUUUCAUCUACAUCUUUUAAAAAUGUACGCUCGAGUAAAAUCUCCCCUUCGUUUUCCAGGAUUUAUCUCUCAUGAGUUUAAAAUUGUGACAGUAAGUUACAGGAAGAGUGUCUGUUUCAUUUGAAUGCAAUUCUCAAUUUGGUCGAAGAACAUUCGAAGUAAUGCUGAUCGAGAGGAGAUCAUGAGAUCUGUAAUUUUGAUCUGUGAAAGUUUUUGUUCUUUCUCAGUUAUGUGGAGAGGCAAGAGACAGUGCCAAACUUUGUGAAUUCAAAAUGGGAGCACUCCUAACAUGACCGGGAUCACGACUACCUCGAAACCAUUUCAGUUGACUCUGGCAAUCAUCAAACCCCACAUAAUCUCAGCACCUCAUGCACUUCAGGGAAUCAGAGAAACAAUACUGGCAAACAAAUUUUACAUCGUUAGAACAAAACGUCACAGCUUGACCCUGGAUGAAGUUAAAGAGUUCUACGCUGAACACACCAACAGAUUCUACUUUAAACGUCUCGUCACUUUCAUGUCAAGGUAAGUACACACAUGACACGACUAUGUUAUCUUCAAUAUUAGCUCUACCUAGCUGUAAUCCAGUGCUGAUAAUGGUCUCAGCAUAGUAAAUCGCUUUGUGAGAAAAACCAAUUACAGCCCACAAACAUUAACUUUUCAACAAUUUUCUCCAACAGUCUUUGGUUUAAUGUAAGGAAAAGCUUAAUAUUUUGUUCUUUUAUUUAUUGAACAAUAUUUACUGUUUGAACAGUCUUGUAACAAUCCAUGUAUGACAUAAAAAUUGUGCUCUGUUCUACCCAUCUUGCCAUGCUGUAUAAGAAAAAGAAUACUUUGCAAUUACCGUAGAGAGUCAUGUACAAAAUUCUGCCACUGACUAAUUAAUAUCACUUAACCCAAAAAGGGGCUUGUAUCAGUAUGGUUGAAGUCUCAAGGUCUAGCAGCAUCCCAUUGUAUUAGGGACAGCAGCCUAAAAGUGAGCAUAUUAUUUUAUUUAACUUGGACAGCCAGGAUUAAAAUUUUCUGAAAGUAGGUACAAGGCUGGAUAGGUCAAAUAUGAAAAAAAAUAUCAAACACAAUUGCUCACUUGUCUACACAUUUUUUUUGCUUUCCUACCGCCUUUGCGCUAUCCAGCCAUCAUCUGGGACGUGACUCAAGUUUUGGACAUCGCUAGAGUCCAAAGAGUCGCUUCCCAGAUAAUGGCCAGAGCAAAAAUGUGUAAGGGGAAGGAAAACAACAAAUAUUUGUAGACUAGCAAGUAAUUGUGUUACAUUCUCAUCUUUUUUCCAAGGGCAGGUAAACCAACUUAGAGGCACAGAGGUCUUAAGUUACCAAUAUCUUUUGAAAAUAAUUUACAUUAUAGCAUUAAACCUCUCAUAUCGAAGUUCAUAGUUGCAACUAAGUUGCGUCCACUUACUUCAUUAAAAAUGUGUGUAGUCAAACCGCAAUACGGAAGGCUGAAUAUGGCAAAAUAUUCUCUAACGGAGUAAUGUAUGUAAUAUUGUCAUAGGGACCUGGUUACUAAUGGCUC